AGCCGGAUUCCUCUCCAAGGUUGAAUAUCAAGACCCUCUAUUUAUAUUUAUAUAUUAACUAAACUUUCUCCCACACGCCCUCACAAUUCACAAAAUCAUUCUCGUUCUCUUUUUCAUAUCUCUCUGUGUCUGUGUCUCAAUUAAAAUGGCAGUGUGUUUUGGUUCUUCAUCAUCAAGUGGUGGUGUUAUUGGGGUAGUGCUCAUAUUUGCUCUACUAUUUGCCAUUGUGGUUGAGGCUCAAUCUCCAGCUCCUGCUCCUGCUCCCACCAGCGAUGGUACUUCAAUUGACCAAGGGAUUGCAUACGUGCUGAUGGUUCUGGCGCUGGUGCUCACAUACCUCAUCCAUCCUCUUGAUGCCUCUUCCUACGGCUUCUAGCUCUAGGAAGGAAAUAUAAGAUUUUUAGAUGAUAAGAAAUUGCCUUGUGCAUAGCAUAGAUAUAUGAUAUUGGGGAUAAUUUUCCUCUCUUUUUCAUUGAUUGUUGGUGGCGUUCGUUUGUUUUGGCAAAUUAAUUGAAUGGCAUUAUUAUUUUGGUGAA